AUGGAGGAUCUCAGGGUCAUGAAUGACGGAGAUAUUCCCUUUGAUGUUUUAUCUCGGUUGCCAACGAAGACUCUUGUUGAAAUGAGGUCCGUUUCUAAAGGGUGGCAUGAACUUAUUUCAGACCGCUCAUUUGUACAAGCUCAGUUCCAGAAGACUGGAUUGACGUUAUCUGGUUUCAUCUUUCAAGAGAAAUACCAAAAAUGCCUUGACGAUAUAAAAACAUUUAGCUAUAUGCCAGUAAAUGCAGAUUCUAAGGUGCAGAAAAUGGUCCUUGGUUUCCUGCCCGAGGAUGUUGUCAUUUUGGCAUCCUGUAAUGGCCUGGUUUGUUGUAGAAGUUGCUUCCCUACACACCGCCCUACAAUAAUCUACGUCUGCAAUCCUUUGUUUGAGAAGUGGGUGAGUUUUGAAGUGGCUCAGCUGGACAGGUUCAGCAAUAUUGCUCUAGCAUUUGAUCCCAUCCUGGACCCUGUAAACACUUCGACAAAUUUCAGAAUAGUUAGAAUUCAGCAGUUGGAGAAUGAGCAAGAGGAAUUGCACUACUCGUUUAAAAUAUACUCUUCAAAAACAGGAACCUGGAAGGAAUCAAAUGAAGUAUGCUAUUCAAAGGGCAACUUGUUGAAGAACAAAGGCAUUUAUGCUAAAGGGAUCUUACAUUGGCUAACUGAUACGGAUCAAAUCCUUGCAUUUGAUACAGAGAAAGAACUAUCUCUGUUGAUUUCAUCUCCAAUUCCUGUCUUGGAAUUUUUCAUCAAUGUCCCUGGAACAUGCAUUGGAGAAUCCAUGGGCUUACUACAUUUCAUCAUGAUCUGUGAAGAUGGAAUUAUUGUUUGGUAUCUGGAAGACUAUUUUGAGACAAAAUGGAUGCUCAAACAUUCAAAACGGCUCCAAGUGAUUGAGGAAGAGAAUCCAAGAAUGUUUUUCAAGUUACACAAGAGCAUGCAACAGAAACUGGUUGCGGGUAUGGAUCCAUUGAUGGAUCCCUUAGCCUUUAAAGAUGAGGUCUUAUUGAUGAGGGUCUAUUCAACUAUCUAUUUCUACCACACUGAAACAGGCAAGGUGAUGGAAGUCUGUAACGUUGCCAGUUUGGGUCCAAACCCCUAUGUUGAUCCUUCAGCGAUUCCUUAUUCGUUGAGCUUGGUUCCCUUGAACGUUUCUCUCUCACAUUUUGACUCAAACAGCAACAUAAACCCCAGCGAGAACUAG